UUGAUAGUUUGGAGGUUAAGGCUCUCCCCUACGACACUAUUUAACUAAUAUCUACGUGAAACUAUCAACAGAAUUCAAGAGUCGGGUGUGUUUCCUGUUUUAUUUUCUAAUGCCCUGGCUCCUUACAAGGAUGUAUGCAGUGUUUGUGUGUGUCGGCGUUUUUGCCUUUGCUAAUGGUUAUGUUAAUAUCGCCCUAUACAAACAAGCAUACCAACAUAACUCUGAGGCAGGUGACACAUUUAACGCCAGUAACGCUGUGGACGGACGUAAAUCAAACCUGAGUGUUGAUGGAGGUCAAUGUGCUGUAUCAUACUGGGGAAAAAAAACCGCCACCUGGUGGGUGAACCUUUACAGUAUCCACAGCAUCCACCACAUUGCCAUCUACUUCAUGACAAACAAUCAACCAUUGGGUCCUUCUAAUUUGCUCACAAAGUACAUCCUUGGGUUUUCUGUGUACGUAUCCAAUACAACAGACAGACUACAGGGAACACUGUGUUACAAGGAUGACAACUUUACACUAUUCACCAUGCCUGCUGUCUUCACCACAACCUGUCCUGUACACGGGCAGUACGUAAUCUACUACAACGAGAGACGACAAGGAGUUACCAACCCUGACGACUACUCUAAAUAUGUUUUCACUGGACUCUGUGAGGUGGAGGUGUACGGAUGUCCUGCUACCGGAUAUUUUGGGUCCAACUGUUCCGUUCCCUGUCCAGACGUUAACUGUCAGUACUGUCACAUAGAGACGGGCACUUGUCAGGGCUGUAAACCUGGAUAUCAAGGUCACCGAUGUGAACUAGCUUGUGACGAAGGUUCAUAUGGACCCGAAUGCAAACAGAUAUGUGGACAAUGUCGUGAAGUAAACCAGUGUUCUAAUAUCAAUGGAACAUGUUUGACUGGAUGUGAUGCUGGUUAUCAGGGGAACUUUUGUAAAACUCCAUGCGACAGGGGGUUGUAUGGAUUUAAAUGCAAUAAAACAUGUGGACAAUGCCGUGGCCUUAGCCAGUGUUCCAAUAUCAACGGGACAUGUUUUACUGGCUGUGAUGCUGGUUAUCAAGGGGACUUGUGUAAAACCUCAUGCGACAGAGGGUUGUAUGGUUCUGAAUGCAAUGAAACAUGUGGGCACUGUCGUGACCUAAACCAGUGUUCAAAUGUAAAUGGAACAUGUUUGACUGGAUGUGCUGCUGGUUAUCAAGGGAACUUGUGUAAAAGCCCAUGCUACAAAGGGUUGUAUGGUUCUGAAUGCAAUAAAACAUGCGGACAUUGUCGUGACGUAAACCAGUGUUCCAACAUAUAUGGGACAUGUGUGACCGGAUGUGAUGCUGGUUAUGAAGGGAGUUUGUGUAAAACGUGUAAGUGUUAAGUUUCGUUAUAUCAAUAUUAAUCAGCAUACAUUCGUUAAUAAAUCAUGUUAUGAAUAGCGUAAGAACAAAACCAUUUAGUUUAUAUAAAGUUUAGAGUAGCCUUUUUUUUCAAUUAAAAAGACAUUUUUCUACCAAAUCCGA